GAUAUCGAGGCUGGAGAUAACGUAGAUUGAGGCAAGUCACGCAUCAGUCGACAACUGGAUUAGCAGCGGCUGAAGUAUGAGCUGCUUUGUGUUUUUCUUGACCAGCCUGCUGUUGGCCAGCUGGUCAACUCUUGGGUCAGCUGACACAUGCAGCAAGGUGUCGUCAUGCAGCUGCACCUAUUCGGACGGUCACAUCGACCUCUCGCCUUUAGCUGGAAACCCUGGACCAAAAUGGCAGGACCAGUACGAUCAGUUUUACAACAACAGAUUUUCUUACAACCCUUGUACUGGCUUUACUGAGGGCACCUGCAACAAUGUAGCGGUGUGUCAAAUGAACAACGCCAUGCAGUAUUUUGAAUGUGGGACCCAGGAGUCAGCCAACUUCCUCAUUGAUGACUCCACUAAGUUGCUGGCAGUGGAAUACUCAAAAACAGACUCAGCCGGUCUAACGCGCUAUAGCCGUGUGGUGUUGAACUGCAUUACAGCUGGUCCCGAUGUCCUGGAGAUUCAAGGAGAGGGCGCUACAGGACAUUACGGCUUCAAGCUCAGCAGUGUUCACUGCUGCAAACAAUCUGGAGGGAUGACAAUCACUGUUUCAAUCUCCGUCGGCUCCGUGCUGGUCAUUGUAUUUUUCGCCGUCCUAAUUUUCUACGUGAUUGGUGGAGUUUUGUUCCAAAAAUUUGCGCGUCACGCGUCAGGCAAAGAAAUUCUUCCAAACUACACCUUUUGGUCGGGCUUUCCGUCUCUGGUCAAGGAUGGCACGUUGUUUGUCUUCAAAUGUGGAAGAGCUAAGACUGGCUACAACAGCAUCUAACCAGUUACGGCCGGCUACAGCAGCAUCUAGAUCUUACGAGUUCUAACCGGCAGCAGCAGUGCCUAAUCAGUUGAAACCAUCUAACCAGUUGUAAACCACCUAACCAGUUCUAAACCACCAAACACUGAUUGAAACAGAUAGAUCGCAAAGGAUUGUUUGCCGGAUUGAUAUCUCUUCAAAUAAACCUGACGUUUGACUUUUAAACUGACAUCUGACUGACGUAAAUUAUACUGACAUCUGACGUAUAUUAUACUGAUGUUUGACAAUUUAAUUGCUUGUUUCAUUCAUGUAAAAUCGUAAUUACAAAAUUUUGAAACUUUAAAAUGUUUUUUCUUGACCAAAUCGCGUACCAAUGUAUUAAAAAUACUAUUUGUAACAAAAAGUUUUC